AUGGAGAUUCUUGCUGAAGCCUUUCAUAAAUAUGAAAAAGAUCCCAAGAUUAACAUAGAGGAUGUGCAAGCAUGGAAAGCUGCUUUGAAAGAAGUUGGCAAUAUUUCUGGAUGGCACGUAAAUGAUAGGCAUGAAUCAAUUGCUAUCCAAGAAAUCCUUAAAGGGAUAUUUAGCAAAUUGAAUCUAGUAUUCCAAAGUAUCAUUUCCAAGGACCUUUUUGGAAUAGAAUCCCAUGUGGAGGAAGUGUUGGAUUCAUAUUUAGGUGAAGGGUUGGGUGAUGUUCACUUUGUUGGGAUUUGCAGGAUGGGUGGAAUAGGCAAAACAACUCUUGCACAAGAAAUUUAUAAAAGAAUUUCUGGCAAUUUUGAAGGUAGCAGCUUUAUUGCUAAUAUUAAAGAAGAAACUAAAAAUCAAGGUCUACUUUUUUUACAAAAGCAACUUCUAUCUAAGAUCCUUAUAGAAAGUGAAAUAGAUAUAUGGAAUUUUCAUGAGGGAAUCAAUGUUAUAGGAAAUACACUACAUAAUAAAAAGGUUCUUAUUGUUCUUGAUGAUGUGGAUAGAGAUGAACAACUAAAAGCAUUAGUAGGGAGACAUGAUUGGUUUGGUCCAGGGAGUAGAAUUAUUCUAACAAGUAGAGAUAGUCAUUUUUUGAAAAGAAAUGGAAUGGAUGAUAUAUAUACAAUGAAGGGGUUGAAUGAUGAUGAAGUUUUGGAGCUUUUUAGUUGGGGUGCUUUUAAGAAAACCCAUCCUAAAGAAAGUUAUAUGGAUUUGUAUAUGGAUUUUGUGAAUUACGCAAAAGGCCUUCCUUUAGCUCUUAAAGUUAUAGGUUUUUCACUAUUUGGUAGAAGAAUCGAUGCAUGGAGAACUACUCAAGAUAAACUAAAAUCAAAACUAAAUAACAAAAUUUUGGAUAUACUUCAAAUAAGUUUUGAUGAGUUAACGAAUAUGCAAAAAGAACUAUUUUUAGAUAUUGCAUGUUUCUUCAAAGGAGAGAACAAAGGUGGCAUAAGAGAUGUACUAGAAAGUUUUGGUUACUACUUAGACUACAAUAUUGAUAUCCUCAUGGAAUGGAAAGAAACAUUGAGUCAAAGCGAUGCAAAUGGAUUCAGCCAAAUUGAGGUUACAUUUGAAACCAAUGAUCCAGGUUGGGAGGUUACUAAAUGUGGGGCUUGUUUGGUAUAUCAUGAGCAAGACAUUGAAGAUCUCAAGCAAACUAAGGUUGGGAGUAGCAAUUGCGUCAUCACUCCAUAUGAGGAUGGUUUUGAAGAUUCGGCAAAAGAUACAAAAACUAAGCGAAGAAGUGAUCGUGAUGACUCCAAUGGAGAUAUGGCUGGACCAAGUGGAGAAGGUACCUCUAAUGAAGUAGAUGUACCACACCCAAAGAGGAUACGAGUACUCCCUAAUACAAUCGAGAGAUUCAUUCCACGUUUGGGAAAUUGGAUUUGGAAUUCAAGCAAACAAGAACAAGGUGACUAUGAUUGCAAGGAAGAGGAAGAGGAAUCCUAG